GGGACUACAUUCAGCAUCGAAACGUUGCACAAUGUUACAUAGACGUGGGGUAUCACUAGCCACCCACUGGCAACCACACACAGUGGAUGUUCCCUGACCAUCAGCUCAUGCCCACACCAACACAAAACAUGGAUGGAAAUCUACCGUUGACCCAAUCAUCGUAUUGCACCGUGGUAGAUACAAAAGACCAAUCUAAACUAAUAUGCUACACGCAUACAACAUCUGGGAUAUUCAAUGUUGGCUUGACAAAUGCCAUUGAUGUGUGGAGCACAGAUUUCACUGAGGAGACAUUGAACCAGUUUAGACAGAAGUUUGCCUUAAAGUCAACAGGGGAUUAUAUCCUGAAAAUCAGGUCUGCGUGUGGGAGUGGGAGUGUGUCGGUAUCGGUGGAGGACACCGAUGCAGUGCUCUAUGUAGCGGCCAGUCCAGGAGACCUGAGUGUGACUUUGUCCAGACUAAAAGAACAAGAGGCUAAAGAGGUCCUGAGAGAGCUGCUGUUUAGAAUGGCAGACAGCCUGACCCAUUUAAACAAUACUGGCCCUGCCUCAUUCAGUCCUGGGAAGAGUCCGCACAAACGGAAUACAGACUUUGAGCCAAGGAGACACCAGCAGAGUUGCCAAACUAUAGCAGUCAAGAAGCGUCUCCCAGGAGAUUCUCUCAUCAACCCAGGAACUAAGAGAAAGCGUCAAGCAACCGGGGUGGCAUUUGAUGAAGAAGACGAUCAAUGAUAAUUUGCUAAGAGGAAUAACCACAGUUGCUUUCCAUCCUUGCUGUCACAUUUCUCCAGCAUACAAACAAUAUAGUGCAUGAAUGUUCUUUUAAUCCACUAACACUAAGCCAUACAGCUUCAACAAAAUAUCCCAAAUGGCACUCAUUCCCUAUUUGGUGCACUACUUUUGACCAGAUCCCUAUGGGUAAUGAUUAAAAGUAGUGCACUAUAUAGGGUGCCUGAUUAAAAGUAGUGCAAUUUUAGACGCACUCAUUAUCAUUACCUCAAUCACUGUGGGAAGACUUGAAACAUGUCUUCCCCAAAAAUAUUCUCCCCAAUUUUCGUGGUAUUCAAUUGGUAGUUACAGUCUUGUCUCAUCGCUGCAACUCCCGUACGGACUCGGGAGUGGCGAAGGUCGUGAGCCGUGCGUCGUCCGAAACACAACCAAACCAAGCCGCACUGCUUCUUGACACAGUGCCCGCUUAACCCGGAAGCCAGCCGCACCCAUGUGUCGGAGGAAACACCGUACACCUGACGACUGUCAGUGUGCAUUGCGCCCGGCCUGCCACAGGAGUCGCUUGUGCGCAAAGGGACAAGGACAUCCCUGCCGGCCAAACCCUCCAAUAACCCGGACGCAGCUGGGCCAAUUGUGCACCACCGCCCCAUGGGUCUCCGGGCUGCGACAGAGCCUGGACUCGAACCCAGAAUCUCUAGUGGCACAGCCUUAGACCACUGCGCCACUCGGGAGGCUCGUAUUUGAAUCUUUUAACUUUGUAAUAAGCAUGACUUUUUAAAGCCAUUCUCCUUGUCCAAUCAUUCAUGUCGAUUUGUUCUAAUAACAUAAUUAUAAUUUUUAACAAGUUAGUCAAAUCUGCUCAGGAAACCAUGAAAUGGAUAGUGUAUAUCAGGCUGAUUCUCAUAUCUUUAUUGUUAGCAAAAUGACUGCAAGCCUUCAAAGAGCAUGCACAGUAAAAUAUUUGGUUCUAAUACCUAAUGUUGAAGGUAGGUACUAGAAUACUAUAAUUAAAUGCAUGAUUAAAACCAUAGAUAAAAAUAACCCAAUUGA